AUGAAAAGUGGUCUUUUCUUUGGUAUUCUGGGCCUCGUCCCCUCGGUCACUGCAUAUGCAGCAGGACUGGAGCGGGUGUACUCAUUGGACCGAGCAACCCAAGGCAUCAGCAUUAGCGAAAACGGGCGCAAAUUUCUCUCCCAGCGCUAUUCUACCACUCUCCCACCUCAAAUCGUCGAGCUUUUGAGCGAUAACACCACCAAGCUGUACCCGAAUGCCGCAUGGAACUCCUACAACUCUAGUGACCCGACCUCAAACCCCCGCAAGACCUUUGUUAGCGUUGAUGGAGCCCGCAUUGGUCCUGACGGUCGCUACUGGGUGGUUGACGGUGGCUCAACAGGGGUGUACGGCUCUACAAAACUAGUUGGCGUGAAUCUGACUACAAACGCUGUCGACAAACUCUACUACCUGGACAAUGUCAAAGCAAGUGACAGCGGGGUGGAUGACGUUCGUUUCAGCGCAUCCGGUAAAAUAGGAUACCUCAGCGACACAGCAGGUGCUCUGAUCGUCCUCAACCUCACAUCAGGACACGCAGUCCGCGUCCUUGCUAGCUCGGACUCUGCCACAGCCUGGUUCCCUAUGAUGUACAACGGUACCCUGGUGCCUGGCUACGGUGGCGCCGACAGUACUCUUGCGGUUGGGCUCGACCAGAUUGAAGUCUCGCCCGAUGGUACCUACUUGUAUUACCAGCCCUGCAAUGGUGGACUGUACCGCAUCAAAACCGCCUACGUUGACGCGACCUUGACCAACUCUACAAUGGCGGAUGUUCUUGGCGACUAUGCUGAGCCGCUUGCCUUGACGCCUAGUACAGGUGGAACGACCAUUGAUGGCGAUGGAAAUAUUUAUGUCAGUGACACCAACCUACUAGCGAUUUGGAAGGUCACACCUGAGGGUCGUGCUACCAUUCUUGUUCAGGAUGAUGCUUUGCUCUGGACGGACCUUAUGUGGGUGUCGGCGGAUAAGAAGCUUUGGCUCCCGGCUUCUCAGAUGCGCCCGGGGAGUGAUGGGCUCAUGGCUGAUGGUCCUAACUACAUCUUUACUUACCCUAUUGAUGCGGGUCCUUCUCCCAUUGAUCAUGCCUAA